GGUGGGAGUGCGCGCUUCCGGCUGCGUGCAGUGGUGUCAGGCGGCGGCCGGAUCGGACCCAUAGCGGCCAGAAAUGGACAUAGAGCGGGAGUUCCAGGAGGCGGACAGGAACAACAGCUGGAACUCCGUCUACCAGGAAAUCAGACAUGAAGCCAGCGACUUUCCAUGUAAAGUGGCCCGACUGCCCGAGAACAAGAGCCGCAACCGCUAUAGAGACGUCAGCCCAUUUGACCACAGCCGGAUAAAGCUGCAUCGAGAGGACAAUGAUUAUAUUAAUGCCAGUUUAAUCAAGAUGGACGAGGCUCAAAGGAGUUAUAUACUGACUCAGGGACCGCUACCCAACACUUGCGGACAUUUUUGGGAGAUGGUAUGGGAACAGAAGAGCAGCGGGGUUGUCAUGCUGAACAGAGUCGUUGAAAAGGGAUCAAUAAAGUGUGCACAGUACUGGCCGAAGAAGGGGGAGGACUGCCCGAUGGUAUUUGAAGACACAAACUUGAAAUUAACCCUACUUUCUGAAGACAUCAAAUCCUACUACACAAUCCGAGUGCUGCAGCUGGAGAACCUCAGUACACAGGAGAGCAGGGAGAUCCUGCACUUUCAUUACACCACGUGGCCAGACUUCGGUGUGCCAGAGUCUCCAGCGUCAUUCCUCAACUUCUUGUUUAAAGUGCGAGAGUCAGGAUCUCUGAAUCCUGAGCAUGGGCCCAUUGUGGUGCACUGCAGCGCUGGCAUUGGACGCUCAGGCACCUUCUGUCUGGCAGACACCUGUUUAUUGCUGAUGGACAGGAGAAAAGAUCCGUCCUCGGUGGACAUUAAGCAGGUCUUAUUGGAAAUGAGAAAGUACAGAAUGGGUCUCAUCCAGACGGCGGAUCAGCUGCGAUUCUCCUACCUGGCAGUGAUUGAGGGGGCCAAAUUCAUCAUGGGGGAUUCGUCAGUGCAGGAGCAAUGGAAAGAAUUGUCUAAUGAGGAUAUGGACCCUCCUCCAGAGCACACCCCACCUCCACCCAGACCACCCAAACGCACCUCUGAAAUCCUGAAUGGGCGGAUGCAUGACCAGCCAGAGUUUUUAUCUCAGCAGGUGGUGGAAGAGGUUAUAAGACUGGCGAUCAACACGGUGGAGGAGAGCAUUCCCGAUGGCAAAGCUCACCUGACCUCUCAGCCCCCUGUAGAUAGCCUUCGUCAUGACACUGAGCUGAGGAGGAGAAACUUGGGCGACCAGAUCCCUUCUUCAUCCGAUCCCAAAGAUACGACCAAACCGGAUAGCGCAGAGGACAGAAACGACAGUCAGGAGUGGAAGUCAUGGGCGCUAAAUGUGUGCGUGUUCACAGUGCUAACUGUGGGGGCGAUCCUCUGCUACAGGGUGUGGUACCAUUAACGAACACUCUUCCCAGGCUGCAUCCAACUUCAUCACCCAGGUGCAAGUGAGACGUAUUUGGAACCAAAUGAGGAGGAGAAGCGGAGCGAAGCUUUUACAGCUGCAGUCGCAAUGCACUAACGGUGUCUCCGAGCCCUGACGCCCCACGGAGAGGAUUCCUCGCAUCUCAGGGCAUUUCUACAUCUAUUCAGGAGUAAACACAGAUAAUGCCAAAUAUAUCUCUAUAUAUAUAUUAUAUUUUUUUUCUUUUUGGAAUAAAAUCAUCAUGACAACACAUUGUUGUUUCUUUUUGGCCCGGGUCUUUUUCGUUUUGUUUCCUCACCUGUUUUUAAGAGGAUGUGAGAGUUUAAACGUUUUAUUUACUACCGCUCUGUUUUACCAGAAUCACAAGUGAUUUGUAUAAGGCAUGUCUUCUUUUUUUUUUUUGGUCUUGUACAAGAUUUUUUAAUUUGAUACCCCAAGAAGGCACCCCCUCUCCUGCCACCUGAAAAAAAAAAAGUGAACACGUCGGAAGAAUGUAUUUUUUUUAUUUGCUUUCUGGGGGAGUCAUUUGUAAUAAUAUCAGUUUUGACUAUUUCCGGAGGGGUGAAGCCGAGACGUAUAGGUUAUCUUCUCUCUCUCUCUUUUUUUUUUUUUUUUAUUGUUGUGGGAUGUGUCUGACGUAUCCUCAAUGUAUCUGUUACAGAAGCUUCGUUGUCGUUUUUAUGUUUUGUAGGAGAAGCAGCUAUGAUAUUUUUAGUUUUUGCUCAGGGUAGGCCAAAAUUAUAUAUAUAUUAUUUUUUUUCCUAUUUUGUGUUACAUGUUGGACUUCAGUUGGUCACAUUCUCCUGUAGUUCUGACUGAUCCACACUUUCCUGUUACAACAUAAUAGAUCCACCAGCAUUUCAGCCGUAUGGUGCCUAAGAACUGGAGUUCUAGUCUAUUCCUUUAAGCCCACGCAUUUCACCGGCUGCCAAUAAAGAAUGUGUCUCCGCCAGCAGAGCCGACGUUUUGGUCAUGACUGUUCUUUAGAUCUCACCUUUGGUGCUCUGGGAGUAAUAAACCACUUUGCUGGGACUGAGCCGGGUGCACGGGGCUUAUCACCACAGUAGUGUCGGAAGGUCUGUGUCGGUCUGCUCUAUGGCUGCUGUGUCAGAUUCAUUUGUAUAAGCUUCUUCUUUUUUCCUUGCCUUUUACAUUUAUACACAGUACAAUGUGUUGGGUUUUGAAACCAACACUGUAAAAAAGGGGAGAAGUUGGGGGAUGGGGGUCGAUGUUUAGUGAACUUUACAAUACUGUUUAAACCUGACGCAAUACAGAAAUGCACUUGUGACACUUGAAUGUGUUAUGGAUUUAUGUGCUAAUUCAAUAAACGUAUAUCCCCCC